UCCAACCAGGGAUUCUGUCAAAUACUUGGGAAAGAGUAAGAAAGCUAUAUUGGCUCAUUGGGAGAUCAUCUAAGUUAAGUCUGGAGAGCAAGCUCAUAAUAUACAAAGCCAUUCUAAAACCCAUUUGGACUUAUGGAAUUCAACAAAUUGUUAAUUUCAAUGAACGCUACAAUAUUUGUCUAGCUAAACAUCUGAAUCCUCUAGCAAAUAAAUUGCUAGUAACCUCAGAACUAGUACAUAGGCUAAAAAAGUUCUACACUUCUGAUCUAGGAAGAAGAUUUAGAACUGGAGGUUUUGGAAUUGUAAAGCUAUGGGUUCAUAAACCAACCGGACAAAAACUGGCAGUAAAACAAUGUAAAUGGAAUGAUACACAAUUAACAGCAAUACAAAAAGAGCGAUGGACUAGGGAAGUCGAAAUAAUGAAGCGCUUAACACAUCCUAAUAUUGUAAAAGCAAUACAUAUUCCAUUUAAACUUCUGGAUAAAGAUAAAAGCAUGCCUGUAUUAUGUAUGGAAUAUUGUACAAUGGGUGAUCUUAGAAAAGUCUUGAACAAACCAGAGAAUUGCUGUGGUAUUAAAGAAACAGAUACCUUAAAAAUAAUAAGUAAUAUUUUAUUGGCUGUAAAGUAUUUACACUUGCAUAAUAUUACUCAUCGUGACUUAAAACCAGAAAAUGUAGUUUUGCAACCUGUAAAAGGCACAGUUUUAUAUAAAUUAAUAGAUUUGGGAUAUGCUAAAGAAAUUGGAGAGACAAGUACAUCUGCGUCUAUAGUAGGCACGUUGAAUUAUGUAGCUCCAGAACUUCUUUGUAAUGAAAAAUACAGUUGUUCUGUUGAUUAUUGGAGCUUAGGAAUACUUUUCUAUGAAAUAAUAACAGGAAAGAGACCAUUUUUACCACUUAUGCCACAUACAAUUGAAUGGAUGCAAAUUAUUAAAAAUAAAUCCAAUGAUGAUAUAUGUGCAUAUGAAUGUGAAGGAAAAGUAAUAUUUAGACAAGAUAUAGAAGAUCCAAUAGAUCUGUCUAGUUAUAUCAGAUCUGCGAUGGUAGAAUGGUUUAAAGUUGUCCUUCAAUGGGAUCCUAAGAAACGGGGUAAACAAUUAGAUGUAAAUGGAACAUUUGAAUUAGUAGUUUUUAAAUUACUUGAACCAGCUCUAUUACAGAAGGUUCUGUAUGUGUAUUGUAUGUAUUUAUAUAAGAUUAAUACAUAUGUAAUUGAUAACAACACUACACUUUCAAAUUUGCAAUUUCUUAUAGAGAAAGAUACGAAUAUUUCAGUAAAUCAACAAAUAUUAACUGAUUAUUAUGGGAAUAUCCUUCUUAAUGACACACCAGUUCUUGCACAAAUUAAUAACUCAAUGUUAUUUGUCCUGAAAACUGGGGAUAUAUUAAUAUACAAUAUACCUGUACUAAGUAUGCCUUACCUAACACAAAAAAUGAUAGAACAAUCAAAAAGUGAACUCGGUUUUGAAGCAUUAAAUGAUUAUUAUCGUGCAACCAUAUUCAUGAUGAAACAGGAGUUGCAUUUUUUCAAUUUGUAUAUUUUUGCUUUAUCCAUAGAAGUAGAUUUAAUAAAUGCAAGACUUGUUAAAUUUGGAAAAUGUAUGGAAAAUACAUUACAAAGUACAAAUUUAUUAGCUGCAGAAGUAACUUCUUGUCAAACCCAUUAUGUUAAUCAAGAAAUAAAAAAAGAGAAAAUUGAAGCUUUGGAAGAAAAUUCUAAGAAAGUAAACAAAUUACUAACUGCUGCUAAUCAAAUACAGUUACAAUUUACUAGUUUUAAUGAAGAUAAUAAUGUAUUAAGAAACAUUGCCCAAAAUAUUUCAAUAGAAGUUUUAUAUGAAAUAUAUAAUAAAGCUUUAGAUAUAUAUAAAACGUUUAAGGAGACCUUUAACCGUAUUGGGACACCAACAAAAAUGGUUAAAAUACUUUUUGAAUUCAUAAAAUUACGAGAAGUUCAAUUUCGUGAAAACAAAAUCAUUGAAUUUGCAAGUCAAAUAAAUAAACUAGAAAAUGAACUUUUUAAAUUAGAAGGUUCAUUCGAUUCUGUAAUAGUCAUGACUAAAAAGUAUCAAGAAGAUUUGCAUUCUAUAAUAAAGGAAGAUUCAGAUAUGGAACUUUCAUCUAAAAUUGAUGAGAUUACUGAGCCUAAUAAAUCUAUAGAACGUCAUGAUAGCUUAAUAUAUGAAAAUUUAAUAGUACGACAUACGAUGGAUAACCUUAUGACAGAAAUAGAGAAAAUAUAUCAGGAGAUAGGCUUGAUCCAUAAAAUGAAAAAUAAAUUUUGA